UAGCAACUCCGUUAGCUUUUCGAAGUUUCUAGAUUGGGCCGCAAUCAUAAAUCCCAUUUUCCUUCUACUUUCCUCGUCUUUGAGCUGUGGUUUUGCUUCACGUAGCUAUCUGGUUACGAUCCGCAACCGGUUUCGGUUCUGAUUUCCCCCCUCAUAGUCAUGCCUCGGUAUUACUGUGAUUAUUGCGACACUUAUUUGACCCACGACUCCCCAUCAGUUAGAAAGCAACACAAAGCAGGGUACAAACACAAGGCAAAUGUUAGAACAUACUAUCAGCAAUUCGAGGAGCAACAGACCCAGAGCUUAAUAGACCAAAGGAUCAAAGAACAUCUUGGCCAAGCUGCAGCUUUCCAGCAGGUUGGAGCUGCUUUCAAUCAACAUCUAAUGGUUCAGAGGCCCCGACUUCCUGUUCUUCCAACACCUGUUAUGCCCCUUCCGAGGGGUGCACCAUUACCAAUGGUCCCAGGGAUCAGGCCCCCUGUUCUGCCUAGGCCGGUUCCAGGUGCUCCAGGUUAUGCUCCUGUUCCAGGCAUACCACCAACGAUAGCACCACCUGGUGCUCCUUCCUUACCUGGUCAAGUAAAUGGUCUGCCACAGCCUCCAACAUUGGCUCCGCUAUCGACAGUUCCUGGAACUGCAACGACACCCACUUCUUCUAAUGGGGCACCCACCAUGGUGACACCUGCAUUGUAUCAGACAAAUCCUGCUGUUCCAGCAAGUGGCAGGCUUGAGAAUUUCCGUGCCAGUGCACAGCCUUCUGAAGCUAAACAUUAACUGGUUAAACUGUAUGCUUUGCUUCCAUAUAUAAAGUAAGAGCCCUAGUAUACCCAUGUUUGUAUGCUAUCUGAUGCUUUGCAAUGAGUAAGGGUGUAUGGUAUUAUUUUGCUCGAAGGGUUGUUUGUUAUUCGACUUGAAGCAUUGUCUCAUUUUGCUUUGAUAUUGUCUAUUCUUUAAUUUUUGGAUAAAUUUGUCUUCUGGUAAUCAAUAUAAAUUUGGAAAUGAAUUCCUGGUCCCAAACUGUUUUAGACCAAUGCAGAAAUUAAAAGCGGGCUUAUCUUUGCAAUGGUUGGUUGACAGAAUCUGUAUUGCACCAAAAUAAUGUAAAUAAAUCAUCAUUCUUCACUCUUCAAUUUUUUUCAGUUUAUAUGCAUACUAAUAUUCUUUGUUAUGAUAAAGUUUGCAAUGUAACACAAAGGAUCAGCUGAAGAUUAUCAUGUGAUGUCCUGAAAAUAUCAUGAUUGCAUUAUUCUCAUAAUGAGUAAUCCUACCUUAUAUUUUUUUUAUUCUAGACCUAAUGAUUCCAGCUUAUUUUGCCUCUCUUUGAUAUCUUUUGCCAUUAUCAUAUUCUUUUUAGUGGCAAUCAGAGCUAACUCGCAUUCUUCCAAGUCUACUGAUAAUGUUUCAAUCAGCUUUUAUAUUGGGUGUUUUAAUGCCAAGUUGCAGCAAUUAUUUUGGUGCUGAAUUGUGGAUGGUUUUGUAUUGCCAUUAGUGUUUUAUAUUAAGCUGAAUUUUGUGUAGAUUUGGAUUGUAAUGAAAGCUGCUGACAGCUCCUGUGUGUGCUAUUUGUGAAUAAAUGAAAUAGUACAAGCUGCCGCUU